CUAUUUGUUCUAUCGUGUGGUAGGAGGCUUAAAUUGGUUGUAUCGUUUUUACCGGCUCGGAUUUUAGGGAGGAGAAAGGGAGAAAUGUGAGGAUAUAAAGAGAGAGAGAGAGAGAGAGAUCUAGAGGAGGGGUAAUACUGGUGGUGGCAGAAUCAUAUAUAAUAAUAACAUGGAGAAGGGAAAGGAUAAGAAGGAUAGAGUGUUGAUCAUUGGAGCUACAGGGCACAUAGGGAGGAGGCUAGUGAAGGCCAGCCUCGGCCUCGGCCACCCGACCUUCCUCCUCUUCCGGCCGGCGAACGCCUCCGACUUCAACAAGUGCCAGCUCUUCAUGGAGUUCAAGAUGCAAGGCGCUCGUCUUCUUCCGGGGUCGUUGGACGAUCGAGAGAGCUUGGUGGCGGCGCUGCGGGAGGCAGACGUGGUCGUGUCGGCGGUGGCCGGUGAACACCCUCUCGAGCAGCUGAACCUCGUCGAAGCGAUCAAAGAAGUUGGGACCAUCAAGAGGUUCUUGCCGUCGGAGUUCGGCAUGGACGUCGACAGGAUGGAGCACGCGAUCCCGCCCGGCGAUGCGAUCUUCGCAGAGAAGCGCCGCGUCCGGCGGGCCGUCGAGGCGGCGGGGAUACCGCACACGUACGUCUCCGCGAACUGCUUCGCCGGCAAGUUCCUCGCCGGGCUGGCCCAGCUGGGCACGUUCGUGCCGCCGACGGACCGCGUAGACAUCUACGGCUCCGGUGACAAGAAGAACGUGUGGGUCGACGAGCUUGACGUCGCGACGUGCGCGAUGCUCGCCGCCGCCGACCCCCGGGCGCUGAACAAGGUGCUCUACGUGCGUCCUCCGGCGAAUGUGCUGUCCCAGAUGGAGGUAGUGAAGAUAUGGGAGGAGCUUAUAGGCAAAGAGCUCGAGAAGGCCUACGUGGAAGAAGAUGAUUGGCUAGCCUCCAUGGAGGGGAAGUCACUGCCUGUGCAAGCAGCAAUUGCGCAUUUCUAUCAGAUCUUCUAUCGCGGUGACUUGGACUUCGAGGUGGAGGGCCCGCGGGGCGUCGACAGCAGCAGGCUCUACCCCGACUACAAGUGCGUCACUGCCGAGGAGUACCUCAAGAGGUUCCUGUGAUUCUCCAUUUAGUGCUCCUAAAAUUAUAUUUGUUUUAUUUUGAGGGAGCAGUGUGCAAAAUAGGAUGUACAUAAGUGUGUAUGAGUGGCGCCUCUACAAAUAUGAAUGGUGCUUGUAAGUGCUUGCUAAGGUUAUACUGUGAGAGGAUACAAAUCAUAAAAUAAAUAAGCAUAUGAAGCUGUCCAAGUUUUCUGC